ACACAUACACAAAACACAUGUAUUUCUUAUCUACUAAAAACAAAUUUUGAGUUGUACCCCGUUUAUUUUUGUGUAUUGUUUCACUCACUGACAGCUUAAUUUGUUUUAUCUAACAACCUGCCACGUUUUACAAUCACGAGAGUUAAUAUAAUUUCUUAUCAGACACAGCAAAGAGGCGAACCUAUAUAUAUAUAUAUAUAUAUAUAAAUAUGAAGUUUGCUAUUUCCAUGCAAACGACAGCAGUAGUAGUUUACAGAAACUGGUAAACCUGAAAAGAAAAACAAAAAGGGGAGAGAGUUAUUAGUUCUAUGUAAAAAUAGCAAUCCUUGCUAAGUUUUCACAUAACUUGACAGCACAUCAGGCCGUCUUCCUCUUUCGGUUUUUCUCUACUUGUACAACCGACCACCAGUUUAUUCGGUUGAACUGACCCUACACAACAAUUCUCAUUUGAUAUUCAAGUUUCUCCACAAGAGAAAUCGGUAAAAACAUUGAUUCCUCUUCAAACAUUCAACUUAAUUUUCUGGUGCUUUCAGUUAAAAACGGUGUUAACUGAAAAAGCAUUAACCAUGGAUUUGUGGUAAAUGGAAAAGACUUCAAUCAUUAAACCUAGUCUUUGUAACUCUAGAAGGAAACUCUCUAGGAUACUUAAUUCAUUCAGUUUUCCGAUGAAGAUGUGGGCUGCAGGUUUUACUGUUCUCUGCGUUAUGGUAGUUUGGCUCUCUACUGCUUACCGCUGGAAUUACCCUUCUUCCAAAGAAGGCAAAUAUAUUUAUGGCAUCAUGUUUGAUGCUGGAAGCACUGGCUCUAGGAUUCAUAUAUUCAGUUUUAGCAACGAUAAUAAAGAAAAAAAGAUGAUAUUGAUAGCAGAUAUAUUUAAUGAAAUUAAACCCGGAUUAUCAGCUUAUGCUAGUGACCCAAAGAAGGCAGCUGGUUCUUUACUACCCUUACUUAAUUUAGCCAAAUCAAAAGUUCCAGAGGACUUGCAGUCAUCCUGUGCAAUUGCCCUGAAGGCCACAGCAGGUUUGCGCUUACUUGGUGAACAACCUGCCAACAAUAUUCUUCUUGAGGUAGAGAAGCUGUUUAAGAGGUUUCCUUUCAAAAUGCUUGAAAAUAAUACUGAAAUAAUGAGUGGCACUAAAGAAGGAAUUUACAGCUGGCUGACUGUCAACUAUCUCCUUGAUUUACUCGAUACACCUAACAGAACCGCUGUAGCUUUGGAUCUUGGUGGAGGCUCAACCCAGAUCACAUUUGUACCAUCAAAGCCUGGAACAUUGCAACAGGUUGGGGAGGAUUUCAAGGAAUCUGUAACUUUAUUUGGACAAAGCUACAAUUUAUACACUCAUAGUUACCUUGGACUUGGUUUGAUGUCUGCCAGGUUUAAAGUUUCGGAAAAAGUUAAGACUACUCCUCUUCAAUUGCAAUCAGUAUGUAUACCAGAGAAUACUAAAACCAGCUGGUCCUUUUCUGGGGAUACUUAUCAAGUUAGUUCUGCUGGUAACAGUAAUUUUGACGCCUGCUAUGCUGCUACAAGUAAGUUUGUCAAGGAAAACAUGAAACCUGUUUCAGAACUGACCAACCACCACAUUAUGGCAUUCUCUUACUUCUAUGAUCGAGCUGUUGACAUGAACCUCAUUGGUCCAGAAGGUGGAAACGUAGCUGUUAAUAGUUUCCAGCAAGCAGCUGUUCAGGGUUAGUUUGGAAAUCCUGAAUUUACAUGAAAAUUUAUUGGAAUGUUUUAAUUUAGAUAGCUUUAAAACAGAAAGUUUUUAUGAUAGAAUCAGGGGUGUUCCAGGUGGGUUAGUAUUAAAGGAGUUCAUCAUCAUCAUCAUCAUCAUCG